AUGCUAAGCGGGAAACUUGGAUUUGUCACAGAAUAUAUCCGUGAAGUUGACUGUGGGAUUCGAGGGAAAGAUUGGCCCGCUUUCCGGCGGCUGCCAUUUAACAUAACUAAUUUUGCGGAGGAUAUGGUGAAGUAUGCUAAGGUACAGCAAGACUACAAGGGAUUGUUCGAGUCUAUGGGCGACAUUCAGACAUUGGCUUCCCAGUUUAUUCGCACUCAUGACUGCUUUACCGGCGGCGAGUGCGCUGCUGACGAGCUACUGCUUGGAGUGACAGUUUUGCCAUAUUCGCUGAAGGAUACUGGGCACAGCUCGGUAGAAUCGUCGGCAGAUAUACGCUGGGAACCUCACUAUCUAUCUUUUGAAGGGACCGACUGGAAGGCUAUAGAAGGAGACAUGUUUGUGUUGAUUCCGAAAUAUAACUCUGCGCCGAUGGGUGACGUCGGGAUGGCUGUGGAAUUUACAACACCUUCAAAAUGGCUUUACUGGAACACGGAGCUUCAGCAAUUUUCCGGCACCGUGCCAUUUUUCUCUGGACCUGUGGAACGCCAGAUGCACGACGAUACAGUAAUUAUGUGCGACGAUCCUGAGGUCUACUCAUACUCCGUUCUUAUCACGGUCGAGGGGAAAGCGACUAGCAAAUUUGGGCCGAAACUGCGGUUUGAACAGAUCGUCAGGGCAAGAAUCACUAUCGACGUUUUGAGAAGGGAUUCGCCUGAAAUGAUAUCCCGCGUAGCUCGUGAGACGGACCUGGAACUCAACGGAUCGGGUACUCAAACAUCUUCCUCGUACCAUUUACCGGACCCAGACUCUGAAUCUGAAUAUUCUAGGUCAGUGGGAGGAGGAACACCGGGCAGCCAAUCACCCAGUGGGAGGCAUGCAGCAAUGCCUCAGAAAACUCCUGAUGAAUCUAGCAAUGGUUGGAGCGAGAAUGAUGCUUUACAUGAAAGCACGGAUCUUGAAGAUGGUUUAAAAUCCUUCAUACCCACACCACCGUCUUCCGAAGAAGGAAUGGCUGUUAUGGUCAGAUUCCCCAGAUACGCUGCCGAACUAGGUGAAGAGCGUGGGAGCAGCGUGCCCCCGCUAGAGAGGAAGAUUCUGUCACAAGCAACCCUCGGGUCUCGGACGAGGGGAACUGAAUCCUCCCCUCCGGCCCUCAAUACCGGGGCUAAAAAUGAUGAUCGCCUCAUCCUCGACCUUCCCCCGGCUGGGGCAUUAUUCCCUUCCCUGACGGCUGAUAAACUGGGAGAGCCACCUGUGCUCACUCCUAAUACUGUUGCUGAACGGAAAAUCGUGGAAAAGGGGCAAUGCGAAAUACUCCUUGACAUACUCAAGGGCCGCCAGACUCCCACUAUACCCCCUUGUAAUGAAGAUGAUAUUCGGGAAACCAUAUCACUAUACUGCGGAGACUAUAUGCCAGCUAUCCCGCAACUCCAAGAAAAUACUAUUCUAGGAGCCCUACCGCCCGCUAAAGACGAAGUGAAUGGCCUUGGAACAAUCAUCUCCACCACUCCCAUCCUCACAAACCUCGCAGAUCGCAUGAUGGAACAAGCAGAAUGGGUCAUAGACGUCCCAUCCCCCAUAGCGACUACAAGUAAACCAGAUUUGGACAUGGAUAACUUACGCCUCCUUGUCCAGCGUAUAUCUGAGUGA